UUCCCCGAAGUUAGCGUUGGCUCAUGUGACUGUUUUUCUUCUCAGACAGUGAAAAACAGAAACCCUGUACAGUCAUGUCUGUUGCCCGGUGAAUGUAAGGAAAUUCAUCAAAGAAAAUGUUUCCAUUUUGAAGACUUAACAACCUGUGACCAUCGAGAGAAGUGGGUUCUAAACUGCAUACAAGGUUUUCAUGAGACAUUCUUGGCCUCUAGGAAUCCACUGAUGUGUUGUAUUAUUUCAUUUUUGUAGCAGCAGACAUCUGUGACAACAUGGCUCAGUGACAUCAUUUCACGUGUUAAAACUAUUUAUCAGACAACUGCCAUGUCAUUGCCAAAUGGCUGCUCCAUCAACACUGCGCAUUCAGACGACAGCGAAGACAGUGAACCUCUCAUUGAGAACGAUGCAGUCCCUCCCCAGUGCUGCUCGGCCCGUCUCAACCUCGCCAUCCUCAUGUUCUUCGGGUUCUCUGUGGUCUAUGGUCUCCGUGUCAACCUCAGCGUUGCUAUGGUUGCCAUGGUGAACGGUACCGAGCCAAAGCCAGCGCCGAACACCUCUGUAUUCCACGAGUGCCCACUGCCAUCGGGGAACAACAACACCAGUGACACUUUCCCCCAACCUGAGGGGGUCCCUCAGUUCUCCUGGGACUCGGAGACCCAGGGCUGGCUGCUGGGGGCCUUUUUCUUCGGCUACCUGUGCACCCAGAUCCCGGGGGGUUACCUGUCCGGUCAUUAUGGAGGGAGUAUCUUCCUGGGCAUGGGUGUGCUGGGCACCGCUGCCCUCACUCUGCUCACUCCUCUGGCUGCCCAGUGGGGGACACGCUGGCUGUUUGCACUGCGAGCUUUGGAGGGUUUUGGUGAGGGUGUGACGUUCCCGGCCAUGAUGGCGAUGUGGGCUCGGUGGGCUCCUCCCCUGGAACGCUCUCGUUUGAUGACCCUGUCAGGAUCUGGGGCCAACUUUGGGGCCUUCCUUGCUCUGCCGCUCACCGGCUUCAUCUGUCAGACUUUGGGAUGGCCCGCUGUCUUUUACUUGUGUGGAGGUGCUGGUUGCCUCUGGGCUGUGUUUUGGUUUAUUUUUGUGUCUGAUGACCCUCGCACCCAUCGUCGAAUAAGCAAAGAGGAGAGAGAUUACAUCAUAACCUCCAUUGGACCACAGGGUACAGCUCACGGCUGGUCGGUACCCUUUUUGUCCAUGAUGCUCUCCAUCCCCCUGUGGGCGAUCAUUGUCACCCAGAUGUGUUCUAACUGGGCGUACUACACACUGCUCACCUCCCUGCCCACCUACAUGAGCAACAUCCUGCACUUUGACCUCCAGUCGAACAGCUUCCUGUCUGCUCUACCAUAUCUGGGCGGCUGGUUGUUCUCCACGCUGUCGGGGGUCGUCGCUGACAGCCUCAUCGAGCGCAGGGUGUUCAGUGUCACCGUCGUACGCAAAAUCUUCACACUGACAGGUAUGCUGCUGCCGGCAGCGUUCCUCACCUUGGUGAGCUAUGCCGGCUGUAACCACAUCCUCACCGUCACCUUCCUCACUCUUUCCACGACGACGGGAGGGACAAGCGCCUCUGGAGUCUUCAUUAACCAAAUAGACAUCGCUCCGCGAUAUGCAGGAUUUCUUCUUGGAAUCACCAACACUUUUGGGACCAUUCCUGGUGUUGUGGCACCGAUCGCAACAGGAUACUUUACUGAGGAUCACACUCUUGCAGGCUGGAGGAAGGUGUUCUGGGUCGCGGCUGGGAUCAACUUGACUGGUGCUCUUGUCUUCACAUUAUUUGGCAGCGGGAAGAUCCAACCGUGGGCCGUCACUGAGGAGGAGAGAGCAGAGGCAGAGAGAAAGAACAGAAGGACCAUUACUGUAUGAAACACAGUACAUUUAACAAACCUCUAUGCAAAGAAACACAUGAGUUUACACAGAUCAAAGGUUAAGAAAUCUAGUUAUGCCCCACGAGAGGGUUUUUAUUUAGACACACAAGACAGAAAGAGAAUGCUUAUCACAAAACAUGGUACAUCUUUCAUGUCAGUGUCAUCUUUCAUGUUUGCAGUGUUUGGGUUGGAUUUGUAUCCAAGUGACCAGCCAGGUUUGAUACAAAUCAUACUUUAUGUUUGAUUUUAAGUAGAACAGUGUAGUUCAAUGAGGCAUUAAGAGAAGAACAGAUCUCAUCACCACAGGACAAACUUAUCAUCUGCUGGAUUCUCACUGCCUUUAGCAAUCUACAUUUUUUAAUCUUUUUAUAAUCUUUUUAUCCUUUUUAAAACCUAUUUUCAGGUCCAGCUCUUUAUUAGACUGAUAUUUACAUUUUUACAAACAAGAUUUGCACUGUACCGUAGUAAUACAGUACCUCAGGUUAGACCAGGUUUAAUCCACUGUUAUUGCAUUCCUCAUAUUUUCAAGGGGUUCAAUGUAGUAAUGAUUUUCUAAACUCUCUCAUAUAAAGUCGCAGGAAAAAGUGUGUGAAUCCUUUGAAAUUUUGCAGUUUUCUGCAUGAAUUGGUCAUAAAGCAAGGCAAAGCAAAUUUAUUUGUAUAGCACAAUUCAUACACAACGCAAUUCACAGUGCUUUACAAACAUGGAAAAGAGACAAGUUAAAAACACAAU